UGAAUAAGCGAUUACGUCCUCGACCAACAACGGCCUCCAAAUGUAGCCUACCGCACAGGUGCCUCAUUUCACCUGUUUCUUGCCAUUGGUCCCACCAGUCUGUAUGGUGGUCGGUGACCAGCAAAACUCCCUCACCCCAGCUUUAUAUUUGCAAUGAGAAUUUCAUCAUACACGCUGCACAACGUACUUAAGUGAGCCUGUGGGUGCGUUGGGAGGGGCAGCAAAACUCCCCUCCUUUCAUCUACCUUGUGCCAGCAGCGUACCAGCGUAGUAAAAAUGAUGUUGAAGAUGUUUAGGUUGAUCUUCCCCGCCUUCAUCGUUGCCUUGUUCGUUGCACAAGGCUUCGCUAACCCAGUCGCACCCUUGCCCGUUGAGGUUGAACGCCGAAACGACACGACUCCAGCCACUGGACCCUAUAACCCGCUCGCCGACCCUACUAUUCUUUCUCCCGAACCACCUAUCACCGGUACGGGGGAAACCCGAGACCUUGCAAGGGAUUAUGGACACGGACAUAGAUGUCCACAUGACUAUCACAAAUGCUCGGAUCAUAAGUGUUGCCCGAAGGAUACUUACUGCUGGAAGGGCUAUUGUUUCCCCAACGGAUGCGAUCAUUGCGGACAUGGUUACUGCAAACCUGGCUAUCGUUGCUACAAGGGCAAAUAUUGCAUCCCCGUUAACACGUACCCGUGUGGUCCAUACCACUUCUGCUACAAAGGACAAGAAUGCUGCAACAAAGAGAAGGGGACCUGCUGCCCGCCUGGAUAUUUAUGCCACGGAUACGGAUGCAUUCCGAAAGGUUGCAACCCAUGCGGCGAUAAACAUUAUUGCGGCCCUGGAUACAAGUGCUGCAAAGGCGGGAAAGCAUGUUGCCGCCACUAAGAAUGUACGUGGCAUUCCGAGUCGAUGGAUCGACGUACGAAGCGAUCUAGUCGAGUUGAGUUGGAAUUGGUGCCGACCUAUCCGUUCAUGGACUCUCACUUUGGACUGCGCUUCUGACUGAGGAAUGGUUCUUUUUUUUUGCGUUUUCACGUAGUCCGAAGUUCCCUAUCUGUACUGUGUAACUCUUUUUUCGUUGGUCGACUGAGAAUGCAAUAUCGUGAUUAAAUCAUGUCAGAUGUAGCCAUGCAGGGCUUUGUUCCUCAGGCGGCUCGUCACACAAUCCCUGCUUUGUGCUGCCAUUGUCGGAAGUCGCAGUACGCGCGU